GACGACGACCACGAGGAGGACGACGACGAGGAGGACGACGACCACGAGGAGGACGACGACCACGAGGAGGACGACGACCACGAGGAGGACGACGACGAGGAGGAGGACGACCACGAGGAGGACGACCACCACGAGGAGGACGACGACCACGAGGAGGACGACGACCACGAGGAGGAGGACGACCACGAGGACGACGACGACGAGGAGGACGACGACGACGAGGACGACGACGACGAGGACGACGACCACGAGGAGGACGACGACCACGAGGAGGACGACGACCACGAGGAGGACGACGACCACGAGGAGGACGACGACCACGAUUGGCUGUCCGCAAACAAAUUAACUCUGAACAAUAGUAAAAUCGCGAAUAUAUGA